AUGAACGGAAGCAAACAAAGCGUACCAGAAAAUAAGUGGCUUUCUCCAGGUGCGAGAAACAGCGACGAAGAAGAUGUAAUAACACGCCGUCAAAGCCAGCGAAAACGACCCAAGGUUGAAUAUCGAGAAAUGGACGAGAAAUUAGCUCAAUUAACUGAAGAUGAACUAUCACCAGAAUUUUCUGAUGCUUCCAUUAAUGAAGACGAUCAGUAUGGAGAAAUUCCUGAAGGAAUGGAAGGAGCAGCCUUUCGAAGUCGCUUGCCACAUGAUCAAAUUACACCUCAAGAGAUGAAUUGUUUUCCUGAUAUCGCUCAAAACAAUUCACUAAAGUCUACAUUUUUAUACAUUCGGAAUCGCUUGUUGGAAUUAUGGCUUAAUAAUCCCAAGGUAGAACUUACUAUCGAAGCAGCCAUUCCACAAUUUCAGGCACCGUAUAAUAAUAAUAGGCACCUUAUAACGCGUUUGCAUGGCUAUUUAACGCGUUAUGGAUUGAUUAAUUUUGGUAUUUACAGACUCCUUAAGAGACCUACAUCUACAAAAACAACCGUUUUAAUUGUUGGAGCCGGUGCAUCAGGUUUAAUUGCAGCUCGACAACUACAAUCAUUUGGCAUCGAUGUCAUAGUAAUUGAAGGGAGGAAUAGAGUCGGUGGAAGGAUUAAUACGUUUUCUAAAGGAAGCUGGGUUGCUGAUCUUGGAGCCAUGGUUAUAACAGGCUUAGGCGGAAAUCCGAUAGAUAUUUUAUCUAAGCAGAUAUCUAUGGAAUUAUCAAGAAUCAAGCAGGAUUGUCCACUUUAUGAAACUAGUGGGAAAAUGUCCUACUCUUCUCUGGUGCCCAAAGAUAAAGAUAACAUGGUGGAAACUGAAUUCAAUCGCUUACUAGAAGCAACUUCGUAUAUGUCCCAUCAAAUAGAUUUUAAUAGCGUAGACGAUAAACCAAUUUCUUUAGGAGAAGCUUUAGAACUUAUGAUUAAACUUCGAGAGCGACAAGUGAAAGAAGAUUUGAUUCAACAUUAUAAAAGAAUCAAUGAGCUGCAGGACCAAUGUCUAGCUGUCAAGAGACAGUUGAUUACUGUGCAGACUGAUAUCGUUCAAAUACAUAGAGAACACGUUGGUGUUGAUGCCAAGAAACAGCCAAGCAGUAUUGACAAUGAAUUUCAAGCUAGAAGCAAAGCUAGAGAAUUAGUAUCUUUAUUUAAGGAGCAUGAUUCACUUCUUAGUAAACAACAGGAAAUUCAACAGAAAUUAUCUCUUUUGGAAUCAAACCCACCAAGUGAUGUGUACCUAUCUCCAAGAGACUGCCAAAUACUAAAUUGGCAUUUUGCCAAUUUGGAGUUUGCGAAUGCAUGUCCACUAAAAAGGCUAUCUCUGAAAUAUUGGGAUCAAGAUGAUGAUUUCGAAUUUUCUGGUGCUCACUUGAUUGUAAAAAAUGGCUAUUCAUGUGUUCCUGAAGCCCUUGCUGAUGGAUUAAAUAUAAAGCUAAAUACAACCGUAAGAAAUAUCAAUUACAAUGAAAGAGGAGUAGAAAUCAUAACGCAGUCAAACUAUGAAAGUGGCGGCAGUGACAAUACUACAACUAAAUUUUGCGGCGAUGCUGUCCUGAUGACUGUUCCACUGGGAAUCUAUAAGUAUAAUCCUUCUUUAAUACAAUUUAAUCCUCCUCUUCCUGAAUGGAAGACAAAUGGCAUUAAGAGGCUUGGGUACGGAAAUCUUAACAAGGUUGUACUGUGUUUCGAAAGCAUAUUCUGGAACUCGAAAAGCAAUUUAUUUGGCCAUGUAAAUUCCUGUACGAGCGAUAGAGGUGAGCUUUUCUUAUUUUGGUCAACGAAACGAAGUCCAGUUUUAAUCGCUCUAAUCGCUGGCGAAGCUGCUGAAGCGAUUGAAAACAUUUCCGACGAUACUAUUGUCGCUCGAACCGUAGCAAUCCUGAAAGGUAUCUUUGGUGCUAAUAAUGUACCGCAGCCAAAGGAAACCUGUAUUUCACGAUGGUUUAGUGACCCUUUUUCGAAAGGAUCUUAUUCAUAUGUCGGGGUUCACGCUUCCGGUGCAGAUUAUGACAUAAUGGCAUCACCUGUUUCACCUAAUGCUUCAACAACUGCAAACCGAACGCCUUUAGGUACUGUUGAAAAAGGUCCUAAUCAGCCACGAGUCUUUUUUGCUGGUGAACAUACUUGUAGAAAUUAUCCUGCCACGGUACAUGGGGCGAUUUUGAGUGGUUUAAGAGAAGCUGGAAGAAUUACAGAUCAGUUUAUUGGACAACCCUAUGCCCCGGAAGACAGCAAUGUAUAA